AGAUUUUCUUGUCUGUUAAGAGACGAUUGGUUUCUUUGUAUUUGGGAGCUUCACAUUGUGGCAUUAUCUAUUCUUUUACUGCAGUGCAGUAACAUAUGUUGUGACUUGCCCACAGAUUUACAGUAAUUCAUUACAAUCUCUCGAUCUCUAUUGUUCAAUCUGUUUUAGCAUUUCAUUGUACCCUAAUUUCUGUUUGUAAUCUGAUUAGUAGCAUGAGCUGCUGUAAACAGCAGCCUUACUGCCUAGCCUGUCGCUAGCUUGACAGCUCCACUACUGUGCUGUUCCAUGAAAACCCCCUCUACACAUUACAGUGUAGACGGGCCUAGCUUUGUGUCUGGUAUAAAAUUAGCCAUUACUUGUCACUUGAAACCUUGGAUCCUGCAAACAUGUUCAGAAAUCCAUGGAUUGCUGGCUAUGCACGAACUGUAACAUACUGUAGUCAAGAAGUGGUGGCAGAACAUCCAGUUGGAAGAGGAAUACUGUUUCAAAAGCGGAAUCCAAGUUUUCAAAAGGAGUUUACAUUUGAAGAUAAAGAAAUUGCCAAGAAAACAAAGGAGAUUGACACUAAUUUACUUGCUGUACUUCCUAAAGUUUCAGAACUUCGAAAACUUUUUGAAGCUGGCCAAAAAUCCACUGUGGAAAUGAACAGGAAAGAGAGAAUUGCAAGACGUUUGGAAGGAAUUGGAGGUGACUCACAGCCAGUGCUGUUGCAGAAUUGUCGUGAGCUAGUCACUCACCGCCUGCUGGAGGAAGACACUCCUAGAUAUACACGAGCUUCUGAUCCCUGCAGUCCACCCCUAGUUAGAAGAUCACAUAAGGAGAGCUUGGAACAUCACCUGGUUGAAGAUUCUCCUUCAGAAAGGCAGUCACGACCGAGGUGCCGAGGAGAGGUUAAGCAGAUGGAUGCUGAAUCUCCCUACAGUGCUAGUAUGGAUACUGAAGCUUUAGAUGCAAAAGCAGAGCGAAUAGCAAAAUACAAGGCUGAAAGGAGGAGACAGCUGGCUGAGAAAUAUGGGAUAGCCUUGGACUCUGAACUGGAUGGGCGUGUUGCAACCAAGUACUCCAGAGGACGAAAAGAGGGUGAUUUAACUGAAAAAGUACCAUCACAAGCAGAAAAAGAUUGCAGCUGUGAAUUGAUUAAAUUGCAUGGUUCCAGGGAUUCAACAUUGAGUGAACUACAGACUCUGUCACCUGGUUCACAUCAAGAAAGUUUCUCACCAAAAGGAAAUGAUUUCACAGAAAGAGAAACUUUCUUGAAUGAAGAAAAUCACAAAAAUGUGCUUGAAACAAGUGCCAAAGGAAGAACUUUAGACCAGGCAUAUGUUCAUGAAACUUCUGCAAACCUCAAAGAUUCCACUUUGAGUGAUGUGCCAGGCUCCCCACCAUCUUCGCAGAGGGUUACACUUUCACCGUCAAAGCUGUUCUCAGAGUCAUUUAAUUCAGUUAGUGAGCAACCCCAAAAUCUGCAGAAUAAAGAAGGCAAUGCAGUGAAACUAAAGAAUGAAUGGUUUCUACAAAGAGAUUCCAAUGGCGAGACACCUUCCCUCAUCAACUGGCCUUCCAGAGUAAAAGUUAGAGAAAGAAUGUUGAAAGAUGAAGGAAUUCGGAGCAGCCCUGAAAUAGUCAAAGACAUCACUCAUAGAAGACCGCAACAAAUGGCAGUUCCUUGUAUCUCCCUCCUGUCAGCAUCUCCAACUGUUAAUACAGUUAGUAAACCCAGUGCAAUCCACCAACCCGGCUUUGUUCAGUCCACUGAUACUGUGGACAGCGCCAACACAAGGAUGGAAGAAUACAAAAGCAGUGUAGUUGAUAAACAUGUACUAGGCUUUUCUAGCCUUUCAACAAGAGCUGAAGGGAUGAGUGAGACAGAGCUUGGAAGAAGGUGUGCUUACAUUCAUGAAUCGAAACUGAAUGAGCCUGGCAGCACUAGGAACUUUUUGAAAAGCCGUAAGGCAGUUUUGCCUUCUCAGGUUCGAAAGCAAGAGAAGAAUCCUGAAGAAACUGUCUCUGUCAUGAAUGUCAUAUGCAGGGAAGGUGAAAAACCACAUCUGGGGACAUCUGUAAUUGACUCGUUCAAACCUAAGGAUAUUAAUCAAAGGAGGGAGAACGCCUUAGAUAUUCAGAAGAAACCUGGUAUACGCUCCCAUGUAGAUGCUAGAAGAGGAAUAAACUUAAUCAAAGAAACAUCUCUUGAAAAAUAUAAACUAAAAUGUUCAAGACCAGCUAACCUGGAGGCAUUGAAGAUAGACAUCUCAAACAGUGAAGAACAUCAGGGCACCAGUACAGAUGUCCCCAGUGGCGAUACUGAUGCAGUGGACACAAGGGUAUCUGUUGCCAAACUUCGAAGAGCUUACCUGGAGACAGCCAAUGCCAGCAGAAACCGGGACCUCGAAGCUAAUGUUGCCUUAAUGACAUCAGGCCUUGACUUGGCCACCCCUGCUGAAAUGGAGAAUGCCCGUCGUAGGCCAAGACGUUACAUUGCCUUUGGUGAGAAUAGGAAGACCUCUGAGAGGUUUAGAACACAACCUAUAACUACAGCAGAGCGACAAGAAACAGCUAGGCCAGGGCCAAUUGCAGAAAUGGAAAUUACUGAAGUCGAUGAAGAAAAGUUGGAUGAACGAGCCAAAAUGAGCGUGUCUGCAAAGAGGUCCCUUUUCCGAGAGAUGGAAAAAGCAACAAAGGUAAUGGAUCCAUUUGUGGUAAUGAAACCUCGAUCUAGAAAUUUAGCAGUGGAACGAAGAUUACGUCGUACCCAAGAUCGUUCCCGUACUCAACCUAUCACAGUUGAGGAAGUGGUUAUCGCAUCCAGUGAGCCCACUCCUGUCUCUCAUACAGUAACUGUACAGACAGUCAUGGCAAGAACCUCUAGCCCCACUUUAGUAAACCCGAAUUCAAAACCUAUCAGACUACAAGCAUCUGCACAGUCUGCAGCAGAGCAGAAGGCAAGUGAAGCCAAAGAAUUGACAGAACAAGCCCAGCCUGACGAACCAGACAUGUCUACACUCAGCCUGGCAGAAAAAAUGGCUCUGUUCAAUCGUCUUUCGCAGCCUGUGACUAAAAUAAAAGCAGCAAGGAGUAGAAGUGAUACUAAGCAAAGACGGUCAAAUUCCCGAUAUCAGACUCAACCAAUUACGCUAGGUGAAGUUGAAGAGGUGCAAAAUGGAAAUGAAAUGAUGAGGCCCUUCUCACAGUCUCUGGUCAGUCAGGCAACUACAGUCUCAACAGCUUCUGCUGGUGACCUACAUCUUGGAAAGUCUUCCAUUGCUGAGAAUAAUUUACAUGCUGCCCACAAGUCAGCAGCAACCUCUGCUCUUCCUUCCCACAGCUCACUAGUCAAUGCUGAUAUUUCAAGUACGAGUGUGCUUCCCUCCGAACACAUGCUGCCAUCGCUGGAAAAAUCCUGCAGAUUCAGUGACGUAUUCAAAGAGGGUGAUGACUACAGAAAUGGCGAGACAAAAGAGGUACUGCAACAGAGCAGCAUGUAUAAUUGUAGCUUUGCAGAAAUCGAUCACCACGUACCAACUGGGAGGUGUAUGGAUAAUCAUGAAACUCCAGAAAGGGACAGUGGAGAGCAGUUCAAUCCAGAAAUCUUCCCACAGGAAGCUGAUAGGAAAAUAGUUAUGAAAUCAGAAAACAUACAUGAGAGUUGGGAAGAUGAAGAGAAAAGCUUUGUUGACAUUGUGGAAGUGGAACAUGACAUGAAGAACAAGCAAGCUAUUUCAGAGUGCGUGGAACAUACUGCUGAAAUGAAAACAAAUUCAGCAGCAACAUUCACUGCAUCACAGGUUUCUACUGUAACAUCCUCCAGACUUCCACAUCGGCAGCCAGCCACACAAAUAGAAAGUAAGGUGCCUUAUGAUCAUCAGUUGGAGCUAAGUACCAAAACUGGCAGAACUGAAAUAAGUGAAGAGGUCCCGGAGUUCUCUACUGGAAAAGCAAUGUCUAUUAAAGAAAGAGGUGAAGACCCUUUGUCAGAACAUAUUGCUGACAUAGAUUUUGAGCCAUUGAUGAUGGCUUUGCUGAAGAGAAGUGGAGAAGAAGACUGGAGGAACAGAAUUAACAAGAAGCAGGAUAAUGGCAAAAUGACCAGAAUCAGUCGCUCUACCCAAUUUCAAGAAACAGAGCAUUCUUACAUCAAAAAGGACAAAGGAGAGUUUACUGAUGACAUCUGUAUUUCUAAUCAGCUCUGGGAACCUGUUUAUUCUUCUACUUAUUCUCCUGUCCUUUCUGCUGCCCAUACAUGUCAGUACUUUGUGCAUAGUAACCAGGUCACUUGUGGUAGUCUCAGGAAAACAAGUCCUCAGCUGUAUGAUGAACGCCAUCCUUGGAGGUGGAAGAGGCUAACCGAUGAUGUUGAAGCACAAAUGACAAUAGAAGAAAGGAAGCAGCUGAUAAGUGCACGUGAAGAGGCCUGGAAGACUCGGGGCAGAGGAGCGUGCAAUGAUUCCAAUCAAUUUACUGUAGCUGGAAGGAUGGUGAAGAAAGGGUUGGCAUCACCUACAUUCAUGAGCCCAAUGUGUUCACCUCUUUCACACAAGAUAAAGAACAGCACCCCAGUCAUUUCCAAGCCACAGGAAGAAAUUGAGGUCAGAUCUGAUUUGCCAUUGGAAACUGACAGGAAGCUUGACAAACUAGAAUCAUUCUUGGGCAAACUGCAGAACAGAAUGCCAGGGCAACAAGACGCUGUGAUAACUGUAACUGGACAAUCUGUAAAGGAAGUGAUGAGACCUGAUGAUGAAGAAACUUUUGCAAGAUUCUACAGAGAUACAAAUACAUUUGUUAUUCAGCCAGGAGCUGUGGAAAUUGAUGAGGAGGACCUUGAUGCCAUUUUUGAUCCUGACGUACCAAAGCUGACCUCUGCAGUAGCAGAGCACAAACGGGCUAUCAAACCUACACGCAAAGUACAGUCUUCACGUAAUCCACUUAAAAUGCUUGCUGCAAGAGGUGAUAUCCGACACGAAUAUACAGAACAGCGGUUGAACAUUGCAUUCAUGGAGUCAAAGAGAAUGAGAGUGGAGAAAAUGUCAAAAAACUCUAAUCUAUCAGAAAUGGCUUUGGCUGGUCUGGCUAGCAAAGAGGACUUCAGCAGUGUCAACCUCCGUAAUGUGAAUUUAACAGAACAAGUGUCGAACAACAGUGCUGUGCCAUUCAAAAAGCUGAUGUUGCUGCAAAUUAAAGGACGCAGGCAUAUUCAAACCAGGUUGGUGGAACCAAGAGCAUCAUCAUUGAAUAGUGGAGACUGUUUCUUGCUUCUAGCUCCACAGCACUGUUUCCUGUGGACAGGAGAAUUCACCAAUGUCAUCGAAAAAGCCAAGGCUUCAGAACUGGCAGCAUUUAUUCAGACUAAACGAGACCUUGGCUGCAGAGCACCAUAUGUGGCCGCAAUAGAAGAAGGAAUUAACAGCCAUACCAAAACAGCCAAAGAGUUUUGGAGACUCUUAGGUGGACAGUCAAGCUACCAAGGUGCUGGAAAUCCAGAUGAGGAUGAACUGUAUGAAAGUGCAAUCGUAGAAACCAACUGUAUUUAUCGCCUAGUAGAUGAUAAACUAGUCCCUGAUGAUGACUUCUGGGGAAAGAUACCACGGUGCUCUUUACUUAAUUCAAAGGAUGUGCUGGUGUUCGAUUUUGGCAGUGAAGUGUACGUAUGGCAUGGAAAAGAGGUCACACUAGCACAGCGAAAAGUAGCAUUCCAGUUGGCAAAACAUUUGUGGAAUGGUACAUUUGACUACACAAACUGUGACAUCAACCCUUUAGAUCCAGGCGAAUGCAAUCCACUGAUACCAAGGAAAGGUCAAGGUCGUCCUGAUUGGGCAAUUUUUGGCAGGCUGACUGAGCACAAUGAAACUAUUUUGUUUAAGGAAAAGUUCCUGGACUGGCUAGAUUCAAAGAAGCCCUCACCAAAACCUGGAGUUGAAGAAGAACCAAAGCAGGAGUAUGGAAAUGAUCUUAGACCAUAUGAUGUCACCCUGAUGAUUCCUCAGUCUGCAGCCCCUGUUGGGACGACACUAGAUGGGUUAAAUAUCGGACGUGGCUAUGGAAUAGUAGAGGGAGAAGAUGGAAGGCAGUUUGAGAUCACCACCCUCUCAGUUGAUGUAUGGCACAUACUUGAAUUUGACUAUAGUAGAUUGCCCAAGCAGAGCAUUGGGCAGUUUCAUGAAGGCGAUACCUACGUGGUGAAGUCAAAGUACCUGGUCAGCACCACAGUUGGUAAAAGGCAGAAGUCUGAGUUUGUUCGAAACACUGCUAUCGGAAAGGAGAAGUGUGUGUACUACUUUUGGCAAGGGCGUCAUUCAACUGUGAGUGAGAAAGGAACGUCAGCUCUGAUGACUGUAGAAUUAGAUGAGGAGCGAGGCGCACAGGUCCAAGUGCUGCAGGGAAAGGAGCCGCCCUGUUUCCUACAGCUGUUUCAAGGAGGAAUGAUUGUGCAUGCUGGCAAAAGGGAAGAGGAAGAAGAAAACUCACAAAGUGGUUGGCGGUUGUACUGCGUCAGAGGAGAGCUUCCAAUGGAAGGAAACUUGCUUGAAGUAGCUUGUCACUGCAGUAGCCUGAGAUCCAGAACUUCCAUGAUUUUGCUGAAUGUCAACAAGGCAGUCAUUUACCUAUGGCAUGGUUGCAAAGCACAACCACACACAAAGGUUGUAGGGAGGACUGAAGCCAACAAAAUCAAGGAACUGCGACCAUUGGAGGCAGGGCUACACAGUAGUAUCAAUGUGACCAUACAUGAAUGUGACGAGGGAUCUGAAACAGUGGAGUUCUUUGAAGCAUUAGGAAGAAGAGAUCGAAAAGCCUAUGACUGCAUGUUGCAAGAUCCAGGAAAAUUCAACUUCACUCCUCGGCUCUUUAUCCUCAGUAGUUCGUCUGGAGAGUUUGUUGCUACUGAGUACCUAUAUCCUGCCAGGGAGUCUACAAUGGUCAACUCAAUGCCAUUUUUACAAGAAGAUUUAUAUACUGCCCAACAGCCAGCUUUAUUCUUGGUGGACAAUCACCACGAGGUGUACCUUUGGCAGGGCUGGUGGCCUACAGAAAAUGAAAUCACAGGGUCUGCCCGAAUUCGCUGGGACGCCGACCGGAAAUGUGCAAUGGAGACAGUGCUACAAUACUGCAAAGUAAAGAAUGCCAAAAAGCCACCAAAAUCCUACCUGAUACAUGCAGGUUUUGAACCAUUGACGUUUACAAAUAUGUUUCCCAGUUGGGAGCACAGGGAGGAUGUUGCAGAGAUCACGGAAACGGAAGCCGAAGGCUGCAAUAAAAUAAUUUUGGUAGAGGAUGUAUUGAGCAAGCUGUGCAAGACGCAGUAUCCACUGGCAGAACUUCAAGCUCGGCCUUUGCCAGAGGGUGUUGAUCCAUUAAAGCUUGAAAUUUAUCUGACGGAUGAAGAUUUCCAGAAGACACUGGAAAUGACGAGAGAAGAGUUCAGUACCCUGCCCUCUUGGAAGCAAGUUAAACUGAAGAAAGCAAAAGGCCUUUUCUAAAUAGUUUUUAGUAUAGUGCAUAUUUUUCUUAAAAAAACACAUGCUUAGUAACAGAGCUUUCACCGAAGAUCAUUUGGACAUCCGUGGAUCAGACAUGGACAGUGGUCUGGUCAAAGAGCACAUUAUGGAAAUAAGUUGCACAUUCUGGGCAGCAAUGCCUUUUUGGGGGAGAUUUGUCGAUUUGUGCAUGUUGAGGGGAAUUCUGUGGAUUUUAACAGUGUUGACAAUGAGACAAUGCCGUUGUACGCAUUUGACCUCAAUGCACUUAAGGGCAACAGAUGCUACUCGGCCAUACCCUGCCUGUGUAUCUUGAAGGCAAAUUAUUUUGUAAAGUGUUAUUUUGUGUGUAGCAGAUAGCUAAUCAUGAAGAGUUUAUAUUUAUAUAAUACAAUAUGAAAAGUGACUAUGGUUUAAUGACAAAAUAUUUAAUUGGUAAUGACAUGUAUUCACUUGAGUUUUUUUGUUUUGCGUUAACCAGAAAAUACGAUGGCUAGUUGAACGAAACCUGCUUGUACUGAGAUCAUGCCACAAAUACCUUUUUUGCAUUCUGAUAAUCAUACAAUCAUGUUCACUCAUUGAAAGGUUCAUGAACAAAGUGUAUUUAUGGCAUGGAAUAAUGAAAAAGCUACACAAAUUGAGUAACUUUUUAUGUGAAUCUUUAAAAUGUAUAGUGCCUUGCUUUUGUGUACAGUUUAUACUACAGAACAAGUGUUUGAAUUUUUGAUGGAAGCAGAUGUUUAAAAAUAAGCUUCAUUCAGUUAAAAUUGUUAUGAUAGAGGUUUAAGAAUCUCUAUUCCAACAUUCAUCAGCCUAACAAACUUUGUUCUUGUGAUACAAUUUAGAAAAAUAAAAGUUGAAAAUUGAUUUGUAUUUUUUUGGUUAUGUCUCUCUGGGCAGUUUACAAAAGGUGAGACAAAGUUUGUGUGUACCUGGCAUGUUCAAUUAAGUUCGUAACUGUAACUAACUGAAGACAAUUGAUCAUAUUACCUUAAUGAUUUACUACCAUUUAUAAGUCUGUCAUUGUAGAGUCGUUUGAGUUAAUUUGACAACAACUUGUCAUUUACAUAAUACCUUUACUAAAAUGUCCCAAGGCACUUGAGACCGAAAUUAACAUCAAACAGUGGUGGCUGAGGCAGGAACAUGACCAUAGGUAUGAUUAUAAUCAGUUGUAAGAAGACUUUUGGAUGAGAGGAUGACGUUUUCAUGGGGUUUUAUCAGGACAGUUCCAGAUUGGCACUCUGAGGUGGCUGAGGACUCAGCUGCCAAAAAUAUAGUCAAUAGUUCAUAAUGGCCUGCUGUGGAAAUUAAUCAUGGAAUCGUACAGUACAGAAGAUGGUCGUUCAAUCCAUUGAGCAUUUUCUGGCUCUUCAAAGAGCUAACAAAUUAGUUUUGACUGCCCUACACAUUUUUGCUCUUGUUUACUAUUUCAAAGCCCUUUUAUAAUUUUGAAAAUUCUGUUAAAGCUCCAUGUAAUUUUCUUUGCUCAGAGGAGAGCAAGCCUACCUUUGUAAUCUCUCCAUGUUACUGAAAUCCUACACCCCUGGUAUCAUUUUAAGAAAUUUUCUUUAUAACCCUCUCCAAGGCCUUCAAAUGUAUGGUGCCCAGCACUGGGCUUUCUGACCCUGCUAAUGCCUAACAUGUGAAUUAUGUAAUAAUACUUUAAUAAUAGAAAUGGGCAUCACUGUUAAAAACAAGUUCCCAGUUCACAAGAAAGCAUGAGCUUAGAAAUGGCAAUUUUGAUGCAUUGGGAAAUCCUUUCCACAGGGAGUAAUUUUCCAAACACCAAGAAGUCUUGUCUUAGAAUGGGGUCAAUAUUAAAAAAUAAGUGCAGUCUUUUGUGUUUAUUCUGUCAUUGACUUACCAAGAUCUUUUUUAAAUCUCUUUCUUGCACAAUAACUACUAAGUCUCGAAACUUACUGGAUGAGAAUUUGAUCUGCCUUCCUGAAAAAGGUUACUAAACUAUUCGAGAGAAGUAGCAGUUGAUAACUAUGUAGCAUUCAAUAACGUACUAGUUUAAUGCUUAGCCCUUGGUUUCCUCUAUUUAUAAUCAUUGACCUGUAGCUCUUCUGCCUGACCGUCCUACACAAAGUGCCUUUCUAGAUCCACCUUAUCUAUUGAUUAAAUUUUGAAACUUGAAUCUUGCAAUAGAGAUUUGUGUGUUUACUGGGCUGACCAUGUUAAUGCUCGUCGUACUGUGCUGAAGAGUCCCUUAACACAGUUUUCUGUAGAAAUUCCAGGAACACUAAUAGAAAGUAUUAUUACACACACCAA